AAGUGAUACAUAUCAUUAUGUCGCCGUUUCCUCCCCUUCGUCCAGCUGCGGAGGCCUGGCCCUGAGGCUGGGCCGGUGGUUUCAGUUGUGAUGACCGCGUGAACGAGGCCCCCUGUGCGGUGCAGCUGCAAGCCGAUGGCUUGUGAUCAAGCUGCUCUUGGUCUGUGGCUCACAGUCUUGGGAGCAUCGCCAGCACUUUGCGGAUGUAAUCGAUCAUGGCAGGGCGGCAACUUGCCAUAUGGGGAUGUUUAGGAGGAGGCCGAGAAAGGCAAGUAUUAGAAGCACCAGCAUGCACAACUCCUUCUGAAAGUGGCAGAGAGCAAGAAGUUGGGAUCUGUGCUGGUGGUUUUGGAUUUGCAAUCACCCGCUCAGGUGAUGGACGCAUUCUGGUCAGGACAAGGGCCACGGAAGAUCGUGACGGUGGCGCCAAUUUCUUUGGAGCGCCUUCAAAUGCCCUGUCUCUUCCGGACAGUGAGGCAGCCUCUUGCUGUUCAGCAGGCUACUCACACGUGGUGCUGGCAACAGACAAGGGCAAGCUGUAUGAGUGGCGUGCCAGCGAUGCUCUUGUCCAUUGUGUGAGCGCCGCCCUCCCCAAGGUGCCGGUCACCAUGGUGGCCGCAGGCGAGCACCACUCGCUGGCGCUGGCGGGUGGUGCUGUGUGGGCGUGGGGCGCCGGCGCGGUGGGCCAGCUGGGGCAGGGCAGCCGCAUUUCUCAGGCCCCAAGCCCACUGCUAGUUGCGGGCUUUGGGGCGCGACCUGACGAAAGCGGCAGCACCGCUGCGGAACCGCCUGUAGUGACAGAGAUUGCGGCUGGGGCGCUGCAUAGCGCGCUUAUCACAGAUGAUGGAAAGCUCUUCACGUUUGGUUGGGGCCUGUAUGGGCAGUGUGGCCAUGACAGCACCGAGGAUGUUCUGAGCCCGUGUUGCGUCGCCGACCUGCACGGUGUGCCGGUGCGCCAGGUGGCCGCCGGCCUUUGGCACACGGCGUGCCUCACCUUGGAUGGCGCAGUCUACACCUGGGGCGGCAAUGCUGACGGCCAGCUGGGCACGGGCCUGCCAACGGGCGCGUCAACGCCCCAGCUAGUCGAGGCCCUGCCUUUUGAAGAAGACGUGGUCAAAAUCAGCUGCGGCGCCCGCCACACAGUCGCCCUCACAGGUGGGGGCAAGGUGUUUAGUUGGGGAUGGAACAAGUACGGCCAGCUUGGGCACCCCGCAUGUCCGGCUCACCAGCUGCCAGAAGAAGUUAGAGGCCUGGGCAUUGUCCAGGACGUGGCAUGCGGGUGGUGGCACACUCUGCUUCAAUACAGCGGUUGCGAACCAGACGGUGCUACUGGGACUAAGUAGGAUGUAAUCGAUCGCGCUUGAGGCGGGCUGGCGCGAUGGAAACCCUCAAAUCCCAAAGUCGGUUUACAGCUUUACGUUUGCAGGGUCGUUUGAGGCACGUCGAACUAAGAUGCUCAAAUGAUUUUGGACUAGCACCGUAUCCUAGCACUGCAGCACAUUCGUCCAAUCUGAGGUCAAUAGCUUCCUUGGGCAUGUGACGUUGUCAGCUUCGACAUUCCUCGCUUCAGUUGUCGGCAAGGUCAUAAGGACCCUAUACUAUCGAAGCGAGAUGACAUUGUCGUCGCUCCAAAGAAAGUUCCGUUCGAUGCAAUUUAUUAUAUAAGGUUACAUGCAGUUGCUUG